AUGCGUCUUCUCGCGUUCAUUCGAAUCGAGGAGAAGGAUACUCGCUUCUGUGGACUCCGAGUGCCGAACAAACCGUUGGCGGUCCUUCUAGCACUCCUCCAACUUUCGAUUUCAGUGGCUUCGUUCCUACAGGUAACUUUUCUGUUUCUCAUUCAGAAAAUUGGUGAUUUCAGCAUAUUUACUCAAUCUACAAACACAAGAAAAUCUUCGAAUGUCACUCUGAUAUUCCGAAUAACUCAAGUCUAGAAGUAAGCCUUCUAGGUGCACAUAAACAAUAUUUUGAGAAAUGUCCCAUUCAGGUUCAUUUCCUCGCUCACGACAUCAUAAUCUUCGACUUCGGGUUGAUGCAUAGAGUGCUCGGAACGAAUGAAUGCGUGGCCAACUACCUGGACGGCGGGUACAUGCGGUUCGCGUGGACCAUUGAGCAGUCCAGCGCGCUUUUCAUCUCCCUUGUCUCUCUCAUUUGCAUUCCUAAACCUCUAUGGUUACUAUGGCCAGGUACAAAUUUCCUCACGGAUCUUUAUGAUCUUCUUCUUCUUUUUACAGGUCUCCUGAUGCAAUCCUCCUACACAUUAGGCCUUUCAGUUCUGACAAUGGCGACUGCUCCGAAGAUUCUGGAAGCGUUGGGAGGAGUGAUCGACUUCGAACUCGCCCUGAUAUUCUCCGUUUACUCAUUAGGCUUCACGAUGAACUGGCUGUUCACAUUCGUUCUGUGGCACUAUUAUUGGCAUCGUGAGAGAAAGUUUCUUGCCGAGAGGGGCAUAUUUCCUCCUCCGGAAUUCGUCUGAUCUUUUCUCUUUAUUAGGCAUCUACUUUUCGGUCUCUAUUUGUGUGAAAAAUACGGGAAAUAAAUGAUAAUUUCUUAGUCGCUUUCCUUCCGUUUCCGCUCGUUUCUCUGCGAAUCGCCAUGGAAACACUCCCAUGAAUUGCGAAAUAAUGGCGGCUCAAGUUGCAGUGAGCAGGCGGCGCGCGUGCUCUUUCGCCUCGCUUCACCUGUCAUUGACAACUCGCAACUCGUGCGUUACUAGUCUUUUCUCAUUCAAUUUGUCAAGUUGUCAUUGGUUUCUCUAGCAACUGAAAUGCUCAAUCACCGACAACCCUCUUUCCACAAGAGCCCUCUUCCAUCAUUCUCGAGCUCCUAUCGGUCACGAGUUCACAGUGCUCCGCCGACUUCAGAAGGAAGGCUUCCGUCAAUAACCGCAGGAAGACUGCCUCCCAUCAAGAAGAACAAUAGUACCGAACGGCCGUUCUUCAUGGACAAACCAUCCACUCCGGACCGUAAGCGCUUAUGAUCUCCUCUGUGAAACAUUCGGAGCUUUCCAGCUGAGCAAGUGAAGCGAGUCCUCGAGCAACGAAUUGCUCAGGCUCUUUCGGGCCCGUCUACCCGCCUGAAACAUCAACAAACGAGUAGUGAAGACCGUUUUUCGAAUAGUCUCGGACGUCGGAGAUCAUGUAAGUACUGCUUCCCAGAGCACGACUUUUCAAAUACUUUGUAACCAUUUUCAACGCUGGUUUCAAACUAUUGAAAAGCCGGAUCCCGGGUGAGUAAGGAAUGGGAAGAAGAAAAAGAGGAAUGUGAAGGGGAAGAGGGGCGACUGACUGAGGGAACCACUGCGGCAGCGCUCUUUUGUAGAGGGGACCGUGUGACUCAUAGGACAGCAAUUGAAUAGAGCACGACUGUACCACAAUACGAAUGUAUAGAAAUGUUUCAUUUUGGAGGGGCGUUCCGUGCCGGUGUGUGUCACCCCUCGUACAUAUGUACAACAUCCAAUUUUGCAGUGAUACGAUCGGCGGCAGUGGGCUCGGAAGAAAUGCAUUUGGUGCCGGUCGAUGAUGAAGAAAUGGUCAUGUUACGAAGCAUCAAUAGGUCUCAGUACUCUAAGGGAUCCAUGGGCUCAUCAGCGAACAACUUCUCAUCGGACGCCCUUUACAAACAUGAAUAUGAGGACAAAUCGUCUGAUGAAGACAUUGAAAUAGGCGAGCAAUUGAGGAAUCGGAGGAAGCUGAGCAUGGUCCGUCAGGAGGAACAGGUGGACUAGAAGAAGAUAAUUCGAGGGGAAAGAAAAGUGAUUUACAGGAGGACUUGGACUCGGCAUUAGAGGGAAUUCGUUUGGGGACCGUGCAGAGCCGAAGGGAAUAUGCAAUCAGGAACAUGUGAGAUCGUUAAAUUGCUCCCACGGAAAACUUUAUAAUUCUAGGGAGGAUCGUUUGGCUGGAAUGCGUCAUGAAAAGAUGAGGUCCUCAACAAAGUCCGGUGAAUCGGGGGACGAUCAGAUCAGUGGGCUGGUGUACGACAAGGAAUUCGACUGCUACUACAAUCCGAACACGGACCGCUACUACCGGCUGAAGUCGCAAUCAAAGUCAGGAGACGGACUCCUUCUGCAAACAAGGGAAAUCUAA